CAGGGUGUACGCUACAACGCAGAAAAGAGGAAAAUAGGGAACUACUACUCAACGCCGAUAUAUGCAUUCCGCUGUAAAUGCCACCUCUGCUCGCAUUGGUUCGAGAUACAAACGGAUCCCAAGAACACUCGGUACAUUGUCAGCGAAGGCGCAAAGCAGAAGGCAGAAUGGCAGCCAGAGGAGGGAGAGACUAUAACUAUGGAAACUGAUCCAGAUAAGAAACCGGCAGUUGACCCAUUCGCAGCGGUGGAGAAGGGCACAAAUCAGGUAGAAGCACAGAAGAAGGUGGUUCCACGUCUAUCACAAAUUGGAGACGCAAACGACGCCACCUGGAGUGAUCCCUACGCGAUGAAUCAAAAGCUCCGAGCUAAACAUCGCGUAGAGCGGCGGCAGGAGCACGCUUCUAAUAGGGCAAACUUGGAGCUGAAGGACAGGUAUGCUCUUCCUGAGGAUCUCCAGAUUAUCGACGAUCAGCGUGACAACAGCGAGAGUAGUGCAUUCAAGCAGAUACAGCGCCGAAAAGCAACUAAGAAGCCUGGAGAUCUCAAGAGCACGCUUAUAUCAAACACGCGAAAGAAGAUGGACCCCUUCGAUCGCUCUUCUAGACGUUUUAAGUUCCGUGAAAAUUGA